AUCUUUGGCUCUCUCUCAGAACAGUGACAAAUUCUUAUUUUGUCACUUUCCAACUUGUGUGGCCCGGUGGUACAGACCCAGGACUGCGUCCGGCUCGAUUAAAACAGAGUAUAAAUGACCUUUGCUGCUCUUUCAUCAGAGAGCACUUCUUAUGCUUACCCAUGACACCCUGCCCCUCCCUAUCUCACUCUCUCCCACCUCUGUCAUCUCGGAGAAGAACGGGGGAAAGUCAUUAGGCACAAAUGGGGAGGAGAGAGCAGCUAGUGGUUGCUAUUGCCUUGAAAGUCAGGGCAAAGCUCAGAGCCGCUGAGUGCACUGCACUGGGGAAUAUCUGUCCGGGGAAUACAAUACAUUUUCAGCUCAUUAAGUUGGAUAAACAAAUGGCUUACUGUACAAGAUGCUGGGAGUCAUGGACAUCAGGAGGAGGACAGUAGAAAAUCAAUAACUCCAGAGUGGCGGUGGCGGAGCUUUAAUGGAACACCAUGAAAUUUACUUGAAGACGCCAACAGUCUGCCUCAGUGAAAACCCUCGUCUGGCACUAAAUUGAUGUGGAUGACCAGUGGUGUGUCACAGAGAGUGAGCAAAAUGGGGAACGCCAUGAGAGGUGUCAUUGCCUUCAUUCCCUCAGAGCGCUGUCAACGCUUCCUAGUUGGGGACCUAAAGGAGAUGCCACUCGAUCGGACCCUGGACCUGAGCAGCCGGCAGUUGCGUCGGCUGCCUGUUGCUGCCUGUGUCUUUGAUGAGCUGGUGAAGCUCUACCUGAGUGACAACAACCUCAGCAGCUUGCCGGCCGAACUGCAGGGCCUGAGGAAGCUGCAGCUCCUUGCCCUCGACUUUAACUGCUUUGAAGAGCUACCUGCAGCUGUUUGCAGAUUGCCCCAGCUCAGCAUCCUUUACCUGGGUAACAACAGGCUUUACUGCCUCCCCAGAGAACUGGGAGACCUCAAGGAACUUAAUACUCUGUGGCUGGAGACUAAUUGCUUUACUGUUUUCCCUAAAGUGGUUUGUGAGCUCCCCAAUCUCAAGACCCUGCACCUCGGCUAUAACCAGAUACGGAGUUUACCGAAAGAGCUCGGACAGCUGGAAGAGCUACGAAGUAUCUGGCUUGCUGGGAAUGAGCUGGCAGAGUUCCCACCAGUAUUGCUGGAAAUGCACUUUCUAGCCGUCAUUGAUGUGGAUCGGAACAAAAUACACCACUUCCCAGGCCUGUCUCACAUGCAGGGGUUGAAACUGGUCAUCUAUGACCAUAACCCUUGUGUUAACGCCCCAGCGGUGGGCGAGGGGGUGAGGAGGGUCGGGCGCUGGGCAGAGAGCGCAGAUGAUGAGCAGGAAGAUGACACGUCAAAGGCAGCGAGCGAGACCACAGCUGAGGUCACGGAGGUACAUACUGAGGAGGAGCACAACAGUUAGGGUCAAGGAACAAAGUGACCUUUAGCUGUGGAGAGGCCUGGCAGUAAAGGACACCACUCAAGUGGAGCACUUAGAGCAGAGCAG